AGAGUGCGGAGCUUAUCGGGCGAUGGGCGCUCGCCAUUUUCGCGUCUGGAGGUUGACGGCGAGAGCAGCGGAGAGGUGUUGUUGUUGGUGAGGUUCUGUGCUGCUGGAUCGUUUUCAAAAUUAAUGGUUUUUCUCGUGCUUUUUAAAAAUCUCGGGUAAAAUUUUAAAAUGCUGUCCAGGCUAUUCCGCAUGCAUGGGCUUUUUGUUGCCUCCCACCCUUGGGAGGUGAUUGUUGGAACAGUCACAAUUACUAUUUGCAUGAUGUCCAUGAAUAUGUUUACUGGCAAUAAUCAGAUUUGUGGAUGGAAUUUUGAAUGUCCAAAGAUUGAGGAGGAGAUAUUAAGUAGUGAUAUCAUAAUACUGACCAUCACACGCUGCUUAGCAAUCUUGUACAUAUACUUCCAGUUCCAGAACCUCCGACAACUUGGUUCCAAGUAUAUGCUAGGGAUUGCUGGUCUCUUCACCAUUUUCUCCAGCUUUGUUUUUAGCACUGUUGUAAUUCAUUUUCUGGAUAAAGAACUAACUGGCCUCAAUGAAGCCUUGCCUUUCUUCUUGCUGCUAAUUGAUCUAUCCAAAGCCAGUGCCCUGGCCAAAUUUGCGCUGAGCUCCAACUGCCAGGAUGAAGUAAGGGAAAAUAUUGCACGUGGAAUGGCCAUUCUGGGUCCCACUUUCACUCUUGAUGCUCUUGUGGAAUGUCUUGUGAUAGGUGUUGGUACUAUGUCUGGGGUGCGACAAUUGGAAAUCAUGUGCUGCUUUGGAUGCAUGUCUGUUUUGGCAAACUACUUUGUCUUUAUGACAUUUUUCCCAGCUUGUGUCUCCCUUGUGUUGGAGCUUUCCCGAGAAAGUCGUGAAGGUCGUCCAAUUUGGCAGCUUGGUCAUUUUGCUCGUGUCUUGGAGGAAGAAGAAGAUAACAAACCCAAUCCUGUAACACAGAGAGUGAAAGUCAUCAUGUCUCUGGGACUAGUCCUAGUUCAUGCUCAUAGUCGCUGGAUAGCAGAACCAUCUUCACAGGAAAACACCUUAGAAAUGCCCAAAUCUGGCACGAGCAUUGAUGGAAGUAUGCCGAAAAGAAUUGAUCCCGGUGUACCACUCUGGCAAUUCUAUCUUUCCAGGAUGGUCAGCAUGGAUAUUGAACAAGUAAUUACUCUUGGUCUAGCGCUCUUUCUUGCUAUCAAAUACAUCUUCUUUGAGAAGGCGGAAACUCAGUCGUCUUUCUCAUUGGUGGUACAGAAAAAGAAUACUGAUAGCUGUAUGAAUAAUACUGGAGCUGCCAGAUUCCAAUCAUGUUCUCUGGCAGAUGAGGAACAAACUAGUAAAGAAAAUACAGAUGAAGUCAUUAAGCCUAUUGCAUUUACAAUACCAAAAUUGGUCAAUGAUUCAUCAAAAGCAAAUUUUGUGUUGGGAGACCUCACUCCUCCCAGCUCUUCAUCCUCAGGAACACCCGAAGAGCUGGAUAUUGAGUUGCCAUUAGAACCACGACCAAUUGAAGAAUGCUUAUUCAUACUCCGAAACCCAGAGCGAGGAGCAAAACACCUUAGUGAUGCUGAGGUAAUCCGUCUGGUGAAUGCCAAACACAUUCCAUCUUACAAACUGGAGAAUCUGAUGGAAACUCCAGAACGUGGUGUGUUCAUUCGUAGACAGAUCCUGGCUGAAAAACUGCCAAAAACUACUGCAUUACAAAUGCUUCCCUACAAGGAUUACGAUUACUCACUGGUCAUGGGCACUUGCUGUGAGAAUAUCAUUGGCUAUAUGCCCAUCCCUGUGGGAGUUGUUGGACCACUUUUCCUGAAUGGGAAGGAGUAUCAAGUACCUAUGGCGACGACUGAAGGCUGUCUUGUGGCAAGCACUAACCGUGGUUGCAGGGCAAUAAGUCUGGGUGGUGGAGCACGGAGUCGCGUUUUGGCAGAUGGAAUGACUAGAGGUCCAGUUGUAAGGCUGCCGAGUGCAUGUGAGGCAGCAGAAGUGAAAACCUGGCUAGAGAACCCCGAAGGCUUUCAAAUUAUGAAAGAGAUGUUUGACAGCACUAGUAGAUAUGCCCGGCUUCAGAAGCUGCAGAUUGGGCUUGCUGGACGUGAUCUCUAUAUCCGUUUUCAAUCAAAGACUGGAGAUGCCAUGGGCAUGAACAUGAUCUCAAAGGGUACAGAGAAGGCUCUCUCCAGGUUGCAGGAAGAGUUCCCAUCUUUGCGUGUACUAGCUGUUAGUGGCAACUACUGCACAGAUAAGAAACCUGCUGCAAUUAACUGGAUUGAGGGAAGGGGAAAGUCUAUAGUUUGUGAAGCAGUCAUUCCAGCCAAAGUUGUGCAUGAGGUAUUAAAAACCUCUACACACUCUCUUGUAGAAGUGAAUAUCAGCAAAAACCUGGUUGGUUCAGCUAUGGCUGGAAGUCAGGGUGGUUACAAUGCACAUGCUGCAAAUAUCGUUACAGCUAUUUAUAUUGCCUGUGGACAGGACCCAGCCCAGAAUAUUGGUAGUUCAAACUGUAUUACGUUAAUGGAAUCAACAGGCCCCAGUAAUGAAGACUUGUAUAUUAGCUGCACCAUGCCGUCCAUAGAGGUUGGAACUGUUGGGGGAGGAACCAACUUGCCACCGCAGCAAACUUGCCUGCAGAUGCUUGGUGUUCAGGGUGCAAGUCGGGAGUGUCCUGGUGAAAAUGCACGUCAGCUGGCAGAGAUAGUUUGUGGUACAGUAAUGGCAGGUGAACUGUCUCUCAUGGCAGCACUAGCAGCUGGACAUCUGGUGAAAAGCCACAUGAUCCACAAUAGGUCAAAGGUUAACCUCCAGGUGCUCCCCAGCAGCAGUACAAAGAAAGCAGCUUGAUUUCAAUAGGAUAUGUGAAAGGGAUUCACUGAAGACUGGCACUUGUACACUGGAAAAAUGCUUUGGCUUUCUGUUUGGAAUUAAAGGGACAAUUUUUAGUGUUCAUGACUGAUUUUCAGAAUUGCUGGUCUGAACUGUUGACCAGUAUAUCUGAAAUGAAGCGAACGAGGAUGACUCCCAAAGCAAAGAUACCAGUAUCAAAUAGUGUACCCAGAAAUCAUACAGUGGUACGAGAGUAGCCUGCAGAACCUACUAUGAGAAGAAACUGUAAAAUGUAAAGGACCUUGUGAAUGUUUGCUAUUCCUGCUUAAUCCUAUUGUCUUAAAUUGUCAUAAGUUAUUAUUUGUUUUUCUUUUGGAUUAGUUUCAAAGCUUGCAAUAAUGAGUGUCUGGACUGAAAUUACUGAAAACAAUUACUACACUCUUGAUUAAAAACACAUCCCUGGCUGUGGAAAUUGUUUUGAGUAAGGUUGAUAUUACCAUAGACACUUUUUUAAAAAAAAAAUUUGUUCACUUUGCACAAAUGUAUAGGUGUUGCACAGUCAAGAAAUUCAAGAGUAGGGAAGUUAUAUCAGGAUGAUAGUAUAUGUAAACUGUUGAAGAGACGUCAAAAUGCUCUAUACUGAGUUUUAAUAUUUUUUAUUAAUAGCAACUGAAUUAGCUUUUGCCAAAAAAAUUUUAAAACCUCUACUUCACUGAUAGUUUAAUCUCCAAUUCAACUUCAAAAUCUGGUACAAAUUCAUUAUAUCAUCCUUUCCAUGCCUUUGGGGAGAAUACCUGAAGUAAUCUACUUGAUUUAACAGCUGAAGAGUAGCUUGCCAGUAAUUGACCUGGAAUUUCCUGACUGCUUGACACAAGUGGUCAAAACAAAACUAACUGCACCUAGCUUUUAACACUGGCAUCUCCUUAACCAUGUGCACUGUUUCUCCAGAUCCUCUGAUUAACUUGGCACAGAGUGAAACCUAGUUCUCUAAUUAUAUGAAUUGACCAGUUAUGAACAAGCUGUAUUUUUGCCAGCAGUUUAGCUGCGGCAGAACCUAGCAUUGUCUUGAUAUCUUUACUGUACAUCAUUCCGAUGAGUUUAUAUUUAAGGUUUCAUGACCCUCACCUAUAUAUUUCAGUAGAAAGAGCGUGCCCAAGGCUGGUACUUUGAUUCCAGGCCAGUUGCUUAAAAAAAAAUGUUCACCCAAAGUAGAAUAAUGUUCAUUUUCACUUUUACAUUAUGAAAAAUAAAUAUGGGUCACUCAUAACAUUUUGCACAUCUCUCACCACUACACAGAGCUUUUCAGUCUUUCUUUUCAAGCAAGUGAUAGUUGUAAUAGGAUAUUUAAAUUUCAAUUUACCCUAGAAGUACAGCAAGAUACUUCAGUUUGUGUGCUUUUGAUUUGUCCCUUUAUUCAUUGUUUAUUACAAAUUCUGUCAGCAAAGUUACAGAUGUUUCAAACUGCUAAGAGGUAGGUUGAUGAUUCUAAGCCUUCACCUGCAGUUUCGGGAAUGUUAUCAUUUAAGAGUACUCCAUUCAUUACAUAAAAGCAGUAGUGUCCAGGAAACUAUUAGUAAUAAAGAUCUUACAAAUCAAA